UCGUCGCGCGUUCACGUCUCUCGUUCUCCUCUCUCAUUCUCGUCUCUCAUGUGCGAAUAAGUUUCCUAAAUAAUUCGAUUUGAGUCGUCUUUUGAAUAAAUGUUUACAAAAAUAAAAACAAAAUCCAGUUAAAACUGAAUCAAAAAAUUCCUUAUAACGAAUUAUUUCAACUAACUGUUGCAUUUAAUGUAAAUACAAAUAUAUACAAAGAGAAUAAGUAAGCGAAUAGAUACUUAAAUUACUGUCGCUAAAGUUUGUUUAACGUGCUCGUGUAGUGAAUAAAUACAGUUUGAUUUAAUACGCCCACUAUGGCGCUUGAAAAGCGUUAAUUCACUCGCUGGUAGAUAUAGUCAGUGAGAAAGGAAGAUAGAAACUUAAGCCUAGGACAGCCUUUAUUGCUCAAUUGAACUAACAACGAAUGAUCGCAAAGUGUAUACGAGCGAAAUUGAGUUUAUAUACUCGAAUCGAACUUUGCUAAUGAACACUGGUGCAUCUCGUCGAUACGAAAUUAUUUCGUGUAGAAUAACCGUAAAUUAAACUUAUUCGGACAAAUUCAAACACGUAAGGAUAAACAUUGCGGGUUGGAUCAACCUACGAGUUGACAUUUUGCAAACUCUUUCGGGAGUCAGUUUGUGUGUGCAUAUAAUGAAAAGAAGAAGAAAAACUUUGUAUCAAGUUGCUAAUUCAACUUCAAGAAAUUCUAGAAAAGAUUCUAUUUGUGGGUGAUCAUAAGAGAAAGUAGAGAAACUUUAACGUUCCAGAACCAUUACCAAGCUGACAUGUUGUCAGAUGAUAUCGAAGAAAAAAUGCACGUGAGGGACACCACCCCCCGAUAUAUUUACUUCUUUUAAGAGGAUGACAUAGACGUCGAGAUAAACACUGAGUAAUUCAUCUUUCUCGAUCUAUAAGACUCCUCCUUCAACCAUAUUUUCGUUUCUAUAACAGUUGGAAAUUUAUAAGAAUAUUCCUUGGAAAACACAAUCUGCACUUUUUGAGGGAACUUUUUUUAAAAAGAAGAGACACACUUAUUAAAGGAAAAAAUGGAUCGUUUAAAAAUGUUCAUACUUACGUUGUUCCUAUUUGUCUUACCACUUUUAACGGACACCACGAAUAAAUCCGAUUUGUAUUCUUCAACGAAUUUUAUGAAUGAAAGCAAUUGUACAAAUAACGAUUGCAUACCUGACGAAGAAUACCUUGACAUCAUGUACAACGAUAUAUUUCCAAACUUCACCGAUUGGGUCAUGAUAACUCUGCACAGCAUCAUUUUCAUCACUGGACUCGUCGGUAACUUCCUCGUCUGUUUGGCUAUUUUUCGGAAUCAUUCGAUGAAAACUGUUACUAAUUACUUCAUCGUCAAUCUCGCUGUUGCUGAUCUUAUGGUUAUUCUCAUAUGUUUGCCGCCGAGUGUGCUUUGGGAUGUCACUGAGACUUGGUUUCUUGGAUGGGGACUUUGUAAGGCCAUACCGUAUCUUCAGACUGUCUCAGUUAGUGUUAGUGUUUUAACAUUGACAUGCAUAUCGAUAGACCGAUGGUAUGCCAUUUGUUACCCAUUGAAAUUCAGAUCUACUACAAAAUGGGCAAAAAUAGCUAUUGUUAUUAUCUGGACAGUAUCUUUCCUUUUUGAUAUACCAGAUAUAAUAGUUCUCCAUACGGCGCCAUCCGGAAGUAAAGUCAAAACGAUAAUUUACACACAAUGCAAAUCAUCUUUAAGUCAUAAAGAUCAAACUUUGCUUUGGGCCAUAAAGUUAACUCUUUUCUACAUCGUACCAUUAAUUUUCAUGACAAUAGCUUAUCGGCAAAUAAUACGUGUUCUAUGGCGUAGCGAUAUUCCUGGACAUAACCUUUCCCGUAGAAGCUUUCAGAUGGGUGAGAUACCUUCCACCGGUGCUGGAAACCCCGAAGGUCAAUUGAGAUCUCGACGUAAAGCAGCUAAAAUGCUGAUAGCUAUAGUUGUCACUUUCGCCAUUUGCUACUUUCCAGUACAUUUGUUCUCGAUCCUAAAAUAUACCAUGCUUUUACCGUCCGGCGAAUGGUCUAUUAAAGCGAGUUUGUUCGUUCAUUGGCUUUGUUACGUCAACAGUGCAGCGAACCCCUUGAUUUACAAUUUUAUGAGCGGUAAGUUCCGGUACGAGUUUCAACAUACUUUUCGAGAUUGUUCUCCUGUGAGCAAUGUCACCAUGAAAUUUUUCACGUAAUGACUAUCAUUUUACGGUUUAAUGCUAAAUGCUACUGUGAGCCCUUUGUGUCCUCAGUAAAAAGGCUAUCCUCCCGCGCAAACAAAUUCCUAGAUAUCACAGUGGAAACAAAUCUCGGUGAAACGAUCACAAAGCAAUAAAGGACGGUGCUAAUCGUGAAGUCGAUUAUACUUAGGAUGAGCUAUAUGAAUAAUUCUUUUAAUUAUUGGCCAUUUUUGGUAAAAUAGAAUAAUUGCUUUACAUAUAAUAAUAAUUAUGAGACUAUAAAGAUAUAUUUCCUUUAAACAAACCAUGUAAUAAUUCGUAUGGACAAAGUUUAUAAUGUACAUAUAUCAUUUUUCCAUUCUUUUUAUGUUUAAAUACUGCAAUGUUAUAAAGAU